AACGAGCCAUCUCGUUUUGAUUUUGACACGAAAAUUGUCACAAAUUUAUUUGUCAAAAUACCGUAUAAACAUAUUGUCUUUAUCUCCGUUGUUUCUUUUAUGUUUCCUCCCGUCUCCCCUACAUUUCCUUCAGUUUUCUCCGAACAUUUCCCAAAAGUGAAGUGGAGCCGUCAGCGUGAAAGCCAACCAUCGUAUAUUCGUCGAGAGCUCGGCAGUGACAGUCAGCAGCGGAGCAUUACUGGGACACGCUUGGCGGCCGGAGGCAUGCGCGUGUCGUAGCGAGGCGAACUACGCUGUGCUGAUGCUGUAGUGGAUGGCAGAAUGAGUGAGGAGGCGCAACAUGAGGCGAGCAAGCAGAGCGCGCCGCUGGCCGCGGAGCCCACCGCCGCGCAGGCCGCCACCGUCACGCACACCGACGCCUCCACAGCGGUCUCACAGACACACCUCCCUCAGAUGACAGCGAGCUCCGUGCCCACAGCUGAUGGUGGCAAGUGGUGCUGUGAAGUGUGUACAUAUGAAAACUUCCCACUCUCGAGAAAGUGCACCAUGUGCCGCGCCAGCCGCGCGGGCGACGAGCCGCCGCGGCCGCAGGACGGCGCCCGCGCGCUGCCGCCGCCCGCGGCGCCCGCGCCGCUCGAGCCCGCCAGGGUCACCAGCCCAGGCGCGGAGGGCGUGACGGAGCGCCUGAAGCCGCUGCGGAUAUCGUCACCACCCGCCGCCAGCGCCUCCAACGUGCUCAAGUGGCCCUGUCCUACGUGUACAUACGAGAACUGGCCCAAGUCGCUGAAGUGCGCCAUGUGCGGCGCGCCCGCCCCGCCCGUGCCGCGGCCCGCAGGCGCGAGCGAGGUGACGAGCGGCAGCAACUCCGUGUGCGAGCUGGAGGCGGGCGGCCGCCGCACCAAGCGCCGCAACAACCCCGACCUGCUGUGGCUGCAGGCCUGCCUCGGCGUGGUGGAGGGCUGCGGGCGGCCCGUGGAGGCCUACCUGGCGGCCGGGGGCGACCCGGCCCGGGCGCUGACUCCGGCCGAGGUGGCGCGCCUCAACCGCGCCUCGGCCUUCGACGCGGGCUACACGCUCGUGCACCUGGCCAUCCGCUUCCAGCGCCAGGACAUCCUGGCCACGCUGCUGGCGCGCAUCUCCGGCGGCGGGCCCGGGCUCAAGCGCUCGCCCUCCUACAUCGCGCCGGACCUGGCCGCGGCCAUCAGGCGGCACAUGGCGGGCUGCAUCCGCCACAAGAAGGGCAACUUCCCCGCGCGCUACAUCAACGAGUUCACCACCUUCUCACUGCCCGCUGAAAUCGAGGAGCUGCCGGCGGCGAUCCAGGAGCAGCUGUUCUCGGAGCUGCUGGACCGCGAGGCGCAGCAGACGCUGGAGGCGGAGCCGCCGCUCAUCAACUGGAGCCUGGAGCUCACGGUGCGGCUCGGCUCGCGGCUCUACGCGCUCUGGAACCGCAGCGCCGGGGACUGCCUGCUCGACGCCGUCAGCCAGGCCGCCUACGGCGUCUUCGACCGCCUCGGAGCCCUCCGCGCGGCGCUGGGCGACACGCUGGCGCACGCGGCCCGCGCCUUCUACCCGCGCUGGAGCGCCUGGGAGCGCCUGGACGCCGCGCUGCUGCACUACGCGCCCGAGGACACGCAGCUGCGGGCCGAGUGGGCGCGGCUGCUGCACGCCGCCGCCACGCCCGGCGCGCCGCUGCACCAGCUGCACGUGUUCGCGCUGGCGCACGUGAUGCGGCGGCCCAUCAUCGUGUACGGCGUCAACAUCGUCAACUCCUUUCGCGGCGAGGCGCUGGGCUACGCGCGCUUCCAAGGCAUCUACCUACCGCUACUGUGGGACGUGGAGUUCUGCUCCAAAUCCCCACUGUGCCUGGGCUACACGCGCGGACACUUCUCCGCGCUCGUGCCCAUGGAGCCCUACUCUCAUACACACACCUACAUCUGCCGGGAGCAGCAAGCUGAGAGCUCGGAGAUCACGUUCCUGCCGCUGACGGACGCCGACGGCAAGCUGCUGCCCGUGCACUUCCUCACGUGCGACGAGGUGGGGCCGGCGGAGGGCAUGGAGGCGGCCGAGAGCGUGGUGCGGCGCUGGCUGGCCGUGUGCGUCACGCGCGGCGGCCUGCUGGCUGCGCGGCAGACGCUGCACGCGCGGCCGCUGCUCGUGGCGCAGAUGCUGGAGGAGUGGCUCAACCACUACCGCCGCCUCGCGCAGCAGACGCGCGGCCCGUUCCCGCCGCGGCUGCAGGCCACCGAGUUCUCCAGCGACCCCGACACCGACGACGAGUAGCGCGGCACCCAGCCGCCGCGGCCGCAGCGGUGACGUCACGUGACGUCACUCGGCCGCCCCGGUCCUGUGACGUCACUCGGCGCCAUGCGACCUGCCACGCGAGCUCUAAGAUUGAUUUACUGAUAUAAGUACACAAUUUCGAGUUACUUUACGUAGGAACGCUCAUUAAGUCCGUUGUUUUUCUCUUAACCGGGGUUUAGUUGUAAUAUCACCAGCUGCUGAUCGACAUCCCAUGCACAAUGUUAAUUAAUAUUUUGUUUAAACGUUACGAUAGGUGAUAAUGUUGCUCACGAGAACGCGAUUUCUGCGUGAUAGUUCAAUUAACUUAUUUUAGUAGCACCGUAAUUAUAGGUUGUAUCGACGCCGCGGUACUACGCAGGGGAGCGGGACGCUAAAUGCUGGUAGAAACAAAUUUUACACAAAUUGUAAGGAGUCUCGUAAGGUUACAGAUGUACAGCGACAUCCUCCCUACUCGCACCCGACGUGCGCCGUGCGGACCCAACGGACAAUAACUCGCAAGUAGGGACGAACACGACAUCUGCGAAUCUGAAUUUUUGUAUGUAUAAUAAUAGCGAGUGUCGAGAACAUGGUGUACGUAGGGUUUGGCAAGUGGUCGUCGCCACCGCGCCGGCCGCCGGGCCGCGGGCCGGCCCCCGGUAUAGUUUCAAGCGGCACUGUACACGUUGUACACUUGGAGUGUGGACUAUUCAACGACCCAAAUACAAAAAUGAAAUAUAAUUAUAUAGAUAAAAAGAGUCUAUAGAGAUGUUUUGCAACACUGUACAGAGAGUAUAAGGUUCUAAUAUUUAUUAUAUAGUUCGGUUGUAAAUAAAAGAUAUCGUUUUGCGAUGAUUCUCUAGGUGUAUAGAUUGUGCUACUUAACGCAAAUACGGUUUACUUGUUCGCUUUGUCGUUAGGAGUGCGAGGAGAUCGUAGUAGACGGUUGGUAGGCGAGUACGAGGACGCGGGCUCACGGACACGCUGGCCAUGGCGGGCCGCUCGGGCCUUCCUGGCCCGCCACGGGCGAGGCAGGCCGGGCUGGCGGACCGUCACGGCCGGAUGUCUGUCAUGUAGGGGUAACAAAUUCAUAAUGCAAUAAUUGUCUAUUUAGACGCAGAGCUAGAUUUCUAUUUAACUACUUGAUAAAUUUAAAAGAAACAUUUAUGUUUUUAUUUUUGACCAAAAUUUAUUAGAUAAGUCUGGGUACAUUCUUCCAUUCACCAGAACACCGUCAUAGCGACACGUUGUUUUAGGAUCCACGUUAAUUAAAAUUAUGUACCUAUUACCUACUAAUUUUUAAUCAAUAAAGCACUUAUUUUAUGAAGCUGUUCGAUAA